AUGGCGAUCAAUGCUUCGAUAGAUAAAUCUGUCGUCGGUGACGAUGAGAUAGAUAAACUUGAGAAGGAGGUUAGACGAAGGUUAGGUGUCGUAGGGGGCCUGCUCAAAUUAAGGGACAAAGAUUCCACGGAAACUUAUAAGGAACAUUUUGAAACGGCAAAACGAGAAUUCGAUCAAAUAGCCCAAUACAUAGCAGAGGUACAAGAGAAGGUCGACAGGGAGCUAUCUUUGAUGCAUCAGGUAAACGGAGUAGUUCGUGCCAAUGGACUCCAACAAAUAGUAUUCAAAGAAUUUGACCGACAAAUUCAAACCUCGGAGACACUGCAAGCUAUAAACGAACUCAAGAAGGCCUCGAAAGAAAUUAAAAAUAAAAUACUGCAAAGAGCAAAGGAGGCUGCCAGGCAGGGCGAUACAUGUGUAAGCACCACCAAGAAACAAACUAGACGCAAUCCGUCACCAUUCACCGGGGAACACAAUGACGAGCCUGCACACAAUAAUAAAAGGCCAAAAACUGCUAUGGGAAGCUACUCAAAGGAUCGUGACACAUUCAACCGUUACAUCCUAUAA